CUAUAUAACAAAGGCCGAUAAUAUAUGUAAUUCUCUUCUCCUGCUCGGAACGGAUUCAUCGUCUUACAUAGGUAUCUACAAUCUAAAAUUCGUUGUUCGGAGCCGUCAGGUUUUAGCAUAUAUCAGUUAGAAACCCCCCGCGAUUAGUAAUAUGACCAUUUUGAACCAUUCUUUCCCAUAGAAGCUAUUCACAGUAUUUACUACUUAUCAGUCGGGUCGCCGACCGGGGACCUUCCAGGGCAUAUUGUAUUCAUCGUAUACGCGGCGUAUGAAAAAGCAACACGUACUUAACAUUAAUCAGCAUGUAACACUACAUAUAUCCAAGGCUAUACUUCAUUUUCAUCCAAGUUCUUUCCUCUCGGCCUUAUUUACACUCCCAUAAUUAUCGUCUACAUAGCAUCACGUAAAUCGCAUUAUAACAUAAUAAUCAGUAUCCAUUCCGUCGCAAUCAAAAUGGCGUUCAAUGUACGACAAGCAUCUCUCUCGGAUAUUCCGGCCAUGAUAGACACAUACUACGACGCCUUCGAUGGCCACCCAUUUCUCAUACGAGUAUAUGGUCCACGUUCGAAAGAAAUGGACGCCCAUUUAGCAAAGUCGAUGGAAAGUGAGAUACAAGACCCGAACUCGCGGUACUUGGUCUUAACCGAGCUUAAUUCCAAGGGCCAGGAAAACAUCAUCGCUCUCGGCAAAUGGCUAGUGCUCACGCCUACGUCUCCGCCUUCACCACCCCUUGCCUUGCCCGCGGAAGCUGAUGUCGCCUUCGUCGAGGGGUUUCUGGGGGUGAUUAUCAAAAAGCACAAAGAGAUCAUGCAAGACCGCCCGCACUGGUAUCUAGAUGUGCUAGGAGUCCGGCGUGGGUCCCGACGGCAGGGUGCAGGCCAACAAUUGUUGCGGUGGGGAUUAAGUAAAGCUGACCAGGACGGCGUGGAAACCUUCUUAGCCGCUAGCCCAGCCGGUGUGCCCCUGUACGAAAAAAAUGGCUUCAAAAUCAUGGAGCAGGUCCUGCUAGAUGAAGGGACUCGUCUUGAGACCUUCAUGGUGCGACCAGCCAAGAAGGCUUGAGCCCAACCGCAAUCAUCUGCCGUGAUAUUCGGUGAUGUCAUCUAUAUACAUUUUCUGCAUUUCAAUUAGGAUACUAUUUGAGAAGAUCAGGGUACUAAUACCGAAAAACUCGAAAUUGUCCUAUCGAUCCCUGGCAUAUCAAGUUGGUUUGAUCAUUGAUUUCACCCAGCUUACUUGUAGCUACCUAGGGUUGCGGAAUGUAUUAUUCAAACGUAUUAUUCGCGUAUUAUUCAAAUAUAAUAUUGCAUUUUAUUAUAAAAUGCAGUGGGUCCGAAAUGGAAAAGUGGAUCGGUACAUAAGUGGAGUAAAUUUUGCACCAAAAUUUGGUGAUAUUACCUAAUUUUACAGGUAUUUAAGGCGCGCAAAUCUCGAUACAUGUAUGUCGUUUAAGUGAUCCGGCUGAACUAAGCUUUGAAGAUUGCGUUGGACUUUGAUCAUAAUGUGCUCGAAGAGCAUGAUCAAAUCGGCGCCCCAUUGCAUAGGGAAAAUGGCAAAAAUGUCCAUAUUCUUUAGCUUCAAAUCCUGUAAAUCUUCCAUAUUAUUUCAGAGUGUAAAGC